AUGGAGGUCUCUGGGGAAAAUGUUGAGAAUUUCAAGGAGUUCUGUGGGAUAACUGAUGAGGAUGUGGCUGUGAGAUACUUGCGUCAUUGUCAUGGAGAUCUACAAGCGGCUGUUCAGUUGUAUUUCCAAACCGAUGGUAUUCUUGACGAUGAUGAUAAUGAGGAUGCGGACGAUAUGGAUGUUGCAGAAUACCCGCGGAACGGUCGUGCUCGAGCUUUAGAUCACGACUGGGAUCAUGCAGAAACUAGUUCCUCAUUGAACUCUAUUGCGACCGCUAGGCCGGGUCCACAGUGGUCCGUGGUGCAGCCUUGGCGUCAGUUCAUCGUUGCUCUAAUCACGUUACCGUUCAACUUUGUCUUCACCACUAUCUUUGAUAUUUUAAAAUUCUUCUGUGACAUAAUUUUUGGAGAACGACGUCCUUCGAUCACCAAUUACCGCGAGGAUGUGGCGAAGUUUAGGCAAGGCGUGCGUGAGAGACUCGGUGAGAGGCAAGUGGAGUUCUACGAUGGAACUUACGAAGAGCAACAUCGUUAG